GGCCGCGGGCGCGCGCACGCGCGCCACGGCCUCCACCAUGGCGACCGUUCUGUCCAGGGCGCUCAAGCUCCCGGGGAAGAAAAGUCCAGACCUGGGGGAGUAUGACCCCCUCACCCAGGCGGACAGUGACGAGAGCGAGGACGACCUGGUGCUGAACUUGCAGCAGAAGAAUGGCGGGGUCAAGAAUGGCAAGAGCCCUCUGGGAGACGCCCCCGAGCCGGACUCCGACGCUGAGGUGGCAGGGCCUGCAAAGGCACACCUCUCAGAAGUCACCGUGGAGGGCUACCCACCGGAGCCACUCGGGGACCUGGAGCAGAAGGCGGCCUCCUCCAUCGUGUCUUACGUGCGCACGUCUGUCUUUCUGCUCACGCUGGUGAUCUCCAUGAUCCUGGUGCUCGUGUGCGCCUUCCUGAUCCCGUGUCCCCCCAGGGACCUGCACAGCACCUGGAGCCGGCACCUGGGCCCCCACAGAGACGGAGACCUCGCCCCCCUGGAACUGGCCGACGUGAAUGGAGACGGCCUGCACGAUGUCCUCCUCUCCUUUGCUGCGCCGAGGAACCAGAGUGCACCAGGCGCCUCUGGGCCAGCAGCUCUGCUUGUGUGUCUGUCGGGGAUGAACGGCAGCACGCUCUGGUCCAGUCCCCUCCCGGAGGAGGCCCGAGACGUCACUUGCUUGGAUAUGAUGACGGAAAGCUUGGCUGCGACCAUCUGCCUUGUGACCGGGGCCAAUACGCUGCUCAGUGCAUUUAACGCAACAUCAGGGAAAACCAUUUGGACUUUGAACUCCAAGUACCUGUCCAACGGGACCCUGGCGGCUCCAGUCGUGCUGCUCCCAGACUUGGAUGAAGACGGCAUGAGAGAUCUCGUGGUUCUGGCUAUUGCGGACUCACAGCCCGAUCUGUGCUUUCUGCUGGUAUCUGGCCGGACAGGGAGUCCGGUGGGCCGAGCUGUGAAGUAUAACAUCGUGGGUGUGGGGAAUCUGAUUGGGCCACAGCUCUACAUCACCACGAACGGGGCGGUCUACAUCCUGUUUGGCUUUGGUAAUAUCCAAGCUGUCGCCCUGCGGGACAUUUUCAUUCAGGCCCAAAACCGAGACAGCCCACCACCUUCCCUGCAGCUGGAGGAGCCCGAAUGGGAGAAGCGGAGAUCCAUCAACCUGUCGGAGCUCAUUGACGUCUACGGCGAUGGUGUGGAGCUCCUCCAGAUGGUGAAGGCCCCGGACGCCAACUGCAGCGACCUCCUGAUCACCACGAGACAAGGCCUCGUCUUACUUCGGGGGCAAGAUCUUACACCUUACUGGACACUGAGCCUUCCAGGCCUGCACAGCCAGCCGACCCCUGGGUAUUUCACUGAUGACCAGACCGUGGACUUCCUUCUGCAGACCCAGGGCGGAGUCGGCAUGAAGAAGAUGAUGGUGGUCGAUGGCUACUCUGGCUCUGUCGCCUGGAGCUACAGCGUCCAGUGUCACAUGAAAGAAAUGCCAACCAGCUCAGCAGUCACUUCGGACCAGAAGUCUGUCUUCCUCUUCUGGGCGGAAGGGCUCUCGGCUGAGUCUCGCAAGCCUGACAGCACCACAGGAACCAGGCCCCCCAGCCUUCAUCGCCUCUACCUCCUGCACCCCGCGUUCCCCUCAAUUCUUCUGGAUCUGGCCAACACCACCGACACAGUGACAGCCUCUCAGGUUGGCAUCAACGACCUCUGGAAAGAUGCGUUUUAUGUCACCAGGACAACAGGGCAAAGGUCUGCAGGCCAUUUAGCGCCCUUGGUGGUCAGCAAGCUGAGUCUGCGGUGGGCACUCAUGGAGGGCCAAAUGGUUCAGCUGAAGGAGACCACGCCGAAGAUUGGCCGUGGGGAGUUGCGGAGAUUCCUCUCUAGGAUCAAGUUCGUGGAUUCUCCUUAUCAGGCUUAGUGUGAUGGACUCCUCGGUUUCCCGGGAGGCGAGUGGCACGAGCCUGUCUGUUCGGUAGCGACGGCGGGUCUUUGGAGGGAAGGAAGGCGCAGCCUCGUCAUUGGCGCGCCUCGGUGGGCUGCGAAGCCACGUGGGAGGCACGCUGGGAUUCUUGGACCGUGGCACGAUCCGUUUGGCUGGGGCAGCUCACCUACCUUUACCGUCCCCACAUGGACCCCCAGCCUUCCCCUCUUAGGCACCUUGCGGAGCCUUGGCACAGUGGUUAUGUUCUCGCCGCUAACCUCAGGGUGAGCACUUUGAACCCGCCAGCAGCUUCUCGGGGAAAGAUGUAGCAGCAGUCUGUUCCCAGAAAGAUAUUUGUCCACCUGUCCUCCAGGUUCACGCUGGGGAGGAGCUGACUCAGUGGCCGUGGGUUGGCGGUUUGUGUGCGUGUGUUUUUUGUUUUGGCACGCUCUGUGGGUGGUUUGGAAAUGUGAACUUUGUGUGUUUUAUUUUUGUAUGUCUAAUUUAUAAGCUCUUGCUGGGAGAUUCCAGUGACAUUCUGUACUAGGAGGUGCCCUGUGUUGUUACACCGUGUGUGUGUGUGUGUGUGUGUGUGUGUGUGUGUGUGUGUGUGUACUUCUUCAUGCUUCGGUGAAGUAUUUUCCGGGUACGUCUUUAGCUCCAGGGAUCCCGUUUCUUGCUCUUACGACAUCCAUCUGGUUUGCAUGGUUGUCUAGAGCCGUCCAGAUGACCUACCUCUGACAUUGAAGGUCAUUCUCCGUAUUCUCCCCGCCACCGAUCUACCUUGGCCACUUCCCAACCUGGGCACCGCCAUGAGCCACACCAGCAUUCACGUCUCUUCCUUGUCUCGUGUGCUGUCUUCUCAGGCUUCCCACCCACGUGUGUUCUGUGACCCUAAGAACAGCGAUUUUCCUGUGACACAGGGAGCAAGAGCAAUCGUUUAACUGGCCCCUGGCCGACAGAGUCCCUGUGACGCUCCCUCUGGGGUUUUGAUUGUUGCGACAGUCAUGGGUUUCGCACUGUGGAACAAUGCAGGACUGUGCAUGCGCUUGUGCUUCUCUGCCCGAAUGAAGGCUGGCUGGUGGGAUCACCCGAGCCCGCUCCCCGCAUCCCCACGGCUGCUGCCCCACCAUUUCCUGAGCGCGUGGCCUCUAGGGUUCCCUCCUCCCUGCCUUCCCCUGGAGUCCUCUUUCAUUCAGGGACAUUGGGCUUUGCUGGCAGGAGAGCAAAGCUGUUUUUGGACUUUCCCCUUUGCUUCCCGAGUCCAGUGGGCAGCCACUCUGACCUGCACCUCACCUUCCUUGUAGAGCCUUCGGCCCACUGGAUUUGAGAACCCCCCAUGUAAAUAGUGCAACUUGUACAUAGUUCCCUGCGCUUCCUGGCGCCCCUUGUGGUCCUCUCUGCCUGAGUCUCUUCUAGAUUUGUAGGUCAACGUGCACAUAGCAGAAACUCCCUUGUCUGCCGGGGGAGUGCUGCUUUUCUUCUCGAAGCGUUUGAGGCAGACGGAGAUAAAAAGCCCCUCUCGUUUUAGCAAUGUUAGCAAAAAAAGGGGAAAGCUGACUGGUCUGAAAGUAACAAUUUAGAGUGACCAUAGAGAGGGAUGAAUACAUUAAUUGCCCUCAAGGAGAUGGGUUGGUCGGUUGAUUCAGUGGCUGCGCUGUGGGGCAAACACAACCACCGUAAGGAUGGUGCAGGAGUGAGCGGCACUCUGCCCUGUUUAGGUCGGGUUGCUACCAGGGAUGGGUGCCCCAGCACCUAACUCCUAACGGUGUGUGCAUGCCCACAAGACAGGAGAGGUGACGGGGCGGUUGGCAGUUGUAGAUACAAGCUCGCUACAUUUUUGGCCACUUGAGAGUCCCUGAGAGCAAAUGUGGUUUCAGUCUCGGGAAGGCUUGAGCUCUGCAGCUCAUCACAGACUGCUAGGGGACAGAGGACAGAGCCGAGCGUAGGAAUGGCCAGUCUCAAGUUCCUUUCCAGGGUGCGAACCUAUUUAGACAGAAGUUUCCUAGAGUCUCGGUUGGCCUAAUGCCCAACUCUAAGAACUGAUUCUAUCCAAGGGAACGUCCCAAACUUUGGUGGCUGGCCUGUGGCCUGAGUGGGCCCCUCAAGGCCUGCACCUAGUUCUCUGCCACGUCGAAGCAUUCUGGAAGGCCGCCCACUCUGGGCAGAAGCUAAACUGCCGAGCUGCUCACCGAGGACCCAUGUCCACCGGUGUCUUUUGGACAGAGGCUGCUCAGAUGCCGCCCGUGGGAGCUAGGAAAACGCCAGUGCCCCCGAGUUCUUCGUGACGCGUCUGCAGACCGACUUCACAGAUAGUUGAUGGUGAUCAGGUGGGUUCUUCUCUUGCUGAGCUCCGUGUCGGCCCAGGCUCCUCCCCCUCGGAGCAGGUGCAGCAGGCGAUAGUGGAUAGGACAGGGAGAGAGCUUUGCUUGGCCAGUGUGGGCGCUUGGCUUCUCAUCACAGCCCCUCAGUCACUUAGCCAAGGGAGGAAGUGGCCACCUUCUUCCCCCUUUCAGGAACAGGGCCCUCAGGAAAGCCCAUACAACCACUGUUGAAAAAUGACUAAUUUGUGCAAAGUCCGUCAUUCUUCUCCCAAUGUCUGUUUUCCCCCGAUCCCUCCUAACCCACCCUCCUCCCAGUCCUCCUCCUCAGCAUCCCUUAAUGGUCUCCACGUAGCCCCCUGCUGUGGAAUGGUGACUCCAAACCCCCUUACAUGUGAACUGCUGUGCUUAUUGCCCAUGUGACAGAAAAGCCCACUGGUGGAUGGUCGGGAAACACGAUGUGAAAUGUGGAUGUCACAGAAUAAAUACUGUGUACCCGA